AUGACUGACACCAAACGGCGAGUGAAGUUGUAUGCCCUGAAUGCCGAUCGUCAGUGGGAUGACCGUGGCACGGGGCAUGUGUCAUGCACAUACGUCGAACGUCUCAAAGGCGUUUCACUUUUGGUUCGAGCUGAAGCUGAUGAUUAWACAAAUGAUAUUUGUCACAGUUCAUUAAACUUGGAUUUGUUUGAACAGUAUUUCGACAACGAUAAUUCGGUGGCUGAACCAAUCAGGAGAAAAAAACCUUUUUGCAACGCAUUUACAGGUUGUGGUCGUAAGAGAUCAGAUGAAUCAAUGGCCACCUUGGUCGAUCUUCGUUCAGAACCGGCUGUCGAGGAAAUUAGCAGGCAGAUAAUGUCUGAAGCUAAGCUCUGGGAGGCAAUUCAAGAAGCCCGACUUGAAUUACURCGCCAACAAAGACAAAAUAAACCAGUAAGUUAGAGCCACAAAUGA